AUGAACAAAGCGCCGGCUGCCUGUGGCAACAGGCCACCCUUGAAGGAUACGUCCAAACACUUUGUCAACACACCCACGUCAAAAUCACUGGCCGCUCCGGUGGGGCCAGUCAAGAAGCACCAGAAAAGCCAAGAAACGCAUAGCCUUCAGCCAGCCGAUCUAUCUGUAGUGCACAUGCAGAAACUGAACACUAGUGACCGGACUCCUUUUCUCAUGGGCACAUCGACUCCUAAAAAGGAUGGGUUUUUACCCUCUUUGACGAGCCGUAAUCUAAAUAAUUCCACCACCACGAGCAUUCCGGCGACUCGGUCCACGGCAUCCAUUGCCGCUGCUAAGAAUACUGCUGCUACGACAGAGAGCAAUAUCGAAUCAACCGCUGCCAAUCAUGCCAGUAUCGUUGGUAAUAAUAAGAAUCAUACAAAUAGUAGUAACAACAACAACACAGUUUACAAAAAAAUGACAGGUAAUGAACUAUCCAAAUGGCAGCAGACUUGGAGAGAAAUAUUGCCGAAGAGCUAUGUCUACUUCGAGCAAGAUGAGUCCAACGAGCGUGACAAAAAAAGAGCAAUGAUAGCCUUAAAGAAAUUGGGAGCAACAGUUGAGCCUUUUUUUUGCGAAAAUGUCACCAUCAUAGUCUCCAAACGCUCAUAUAACAAAUCUGCACAAUAUCCAAAAGGUGACAUUUUCAGAUAUGCGGUCAAGAAGCAGUUGAAAGUUUGGAAUGUUGAAAAAGUGUUUCGGUUUUUGAGUCACCUCGGUGAGCAAGUACCCGAGGUCGAAGAAUACGAUCCUACCACUGCAAUUACCACUACCAUCACCACCACUGUUAAUACGAUCAGCAAUAAUGCUCUUGCUCCGCAGACUGCUAUCAAUAGCAACGUUCAUAACAAUAAUCUCAGUAAUUUGUUGAUGAAUGAGAGAAUUUUCGGACCAAGCGACCGCGAUCCUAGUGUCAAGAGAAACGAUUUCAAGUAUUUCACAGAACUUUACCUAUAUAUAUGGGACGUUACUCAUAAAACUCGCCCUGUUGCUAUCAGAGAAUGGAAAGAUAAAUCAUUAUACCCAAAAAUUCACCACACAACUAACGGAAAAUCUUUGUUUGUGCCCGAAUCAAGAUCACAAAAUGCAAUCAGUAUAUUGAAAAGACAUCAAAGACGUCUGCAAUGCCUGAAUGACACAUUUUCCUAUAGACAAAGUAUAAUUGAAUCUGCAUACGACAUCGAUAUCCCUAACCAUAAAGUGCGCCAUCCUUCGUAUGAAGAAAGGGUAGCCUUCAAAAGAAAGUGGGAAGAAACAAUCUACAAAUUUAACCCAGACGAAAAUCCCAAGUUAAAGUAUAAAAAACUUCAUGAUUCAUUGAAUGAUAAAGAUAAAAAGCAAUUUUCUGAUAUCUUUCCAGCCGAGGAAAAAUUUGAACUUCCCCUGGCUGACUUGUCCUCUUCUAAUAAGAGACAUAAAGGAUUCACCUUAAGUAAAAUGAGUGAAUGUGAAUCUCAAGAUGAUGAAAAUGUUGAUAAUAUCAGAACUGUACAUAUCAUUCAGAAAAAGUAUGAAAAAGAUAACGAUGGAGCUAAAAUAAUCUCCAACUCGAAGCAUAGCAAUUCUAAAACAGGGGUUGGAGCUCAAGGGGAAAUACUGAUUCAUGAUUAUAAUACCGAGCAUGAAAAGAAUAGCAAUGAUCAAAAGGCUAACUAUGAUAUCGAUGAUUAUGAUAAUGAUGUCGAUAUCAACGAUGAUAACUACAAAGAUAUUUUGAAGUUGGUAUCAGAUAAAGUUGACGUAAUAGAUGUGAUUAAUAAUCCUUUAAUAAACGGUACCAGGGCAACUGAUUGUCAGAAUUCUGAUAUAACUAAAAAGAAUGAUUUACAAGAAGUCACAGAACAGUGUACUACACAUACCAAUUAUAUGAAAAGGCUGCCAAAAUUGAUGCGUGAGGAUAGUAUAAUUAAUGCCAGGUCACAAAAUGUGUCUGCGGAUGGGAAACUUCUAUGCGAUUAUGGUGAAAUUGCUGCUUCUGGGAUUCAAGCUUCAGGGGUUAAUCCUAGUGGAACUUUCUCUCACGGGAAUGCAGUGGGUGGUAUUGGAAAUGGUUUGGGUCCGAGUAAAUCUCAAGUUGUAAAUAAAACUUUAGCCAAUGAGCAUAAAAGAAUUGUGGUUCUGACUCCUGCGUUAAACAGUAGACAAAAGAACGGUGGGGUACUUGCUACGAUCAAUCCUGAAACUUUGAAAAACAUGGAAAACAUGCAGCAGAAGGAAUCUUGUGGUGCUUUACUUAUAGCAGAUGACACCAUACCUGAAACACAAGAACAAAUGAUGGCCGGGUAUAAAGAUUCUUCAAAUAAGACAACCAUUAACGAAGAUGAGCUUGCGGCAUUGCGGUCUGUGGAGGCCGCCAAUCCAUUCAUUAGUGAAGGCUUGCUGAAGCAGUCUAAAAAUGAUGCCAACAAAGACAUUGAUGAAAAUAGUAGCACUCGCACUUGUCCAAAGGUUGGCAAACAAGCCUUAAAGCAGGAUGUUGAAAAUCUGGCUCUGUUCAAAAGACAGUCAAAAAAGAAUGUCACUGCUGCCAUUGGAAUUUUCAAAGAACAAAAAAUCGAAAGAAGCAAACAUGAGAUGAAACCUGGAUAUUGUGAAAAUUGUAGAGUCAAAUACUCAGAUUUUUCUGACCAUGUCUUUUCCGAAAAGCAUCGCUCUUUUGCUGAAGAUGACUCUAAUUUCAAACAAAUCGAUAGUUUAAUCGAUCUCCUUCUUAUUCCUUAA